AUGUCGAGCUCAACACCUGUUUCAAUCCUCUCAAGGGGGAUAUCAGUUUAUUCCAUACCUCCAGAACUGCUCUCGAAUCUUACUGUACGAUCGAUACAAGCUCAACAAUCCAAUGAACCUUCAGACGAGACGGCGGAAAAAGCUGUUGUACAAACAGUGCAAGCUACUCUGCCUUCGGGUGCCGGAUUGAGCUGUCAGACUUGCCCAAAUACCAAUUUCGACACCGUGGAAGAGCAACGAACACAUUUCAAAUCAGACUGGCAUCGUUAUAAUGCCAAAGCAAAACUUACCGGAAGGACUGUCAGUGCAGAGGAAUGGGAUGGGAUGGUAGAAGGCAUAUCGUCCAUUUCAGGAUCAGGAUCAGAAUCUUCCGGAUCGUCAUCAUCUGGCUCAUCAUCUCAAUCGAAAGUCGCACGAUUACUCAAACGUCAAACAAUCGGGAAUGGACUCAAUCCAGAAGAUGAUGAUGAUGAGGAAGCGCUCGAAUUAGCAGAUCGUCAAAGAAGAGCUCAUUUACGAACAGCCGUUAUUUGGUUCUCACCCACUACAUCUCUCGAUUCUUUAGGUAUACCAAAAGAUACUCAAUUAGGUGUACAUCGAGCUUUGUUCCCACCAUUCGAUACUGCCGCGGAUUAUUUGACGGAAUUGAAAAGGAUGCAAUUGACUGGAAAUGAAAAUCAAGAUGGUGAAAGGAGAUUGACAUUGUUAAUGGUUGCAGGAGGUCAUUUUGCUGGAAUGGUAGUCUCAAUAAGACCCAGAGCCAAAAAUGAAAGACAGGAAGUUAAAGGUGCAGGUGAUAUCAGAAUUUUGAAACAUAAAACAUUCCAUCGUUAUACCACACGUAAGAAGCAAGGUGGUUCUCAAGCAUUGAACGAUAACGCAAAAUCAAAGGCUGUUUCUGCCGGUGCCAUGUUACGUAGAUACGGUGAACAAGCUCUACAAGAAGAAAUCAGAGCUUUGAUGAUCGAUUGGGAAGAAGAUCUCGCUGCCUCUGAGAGAAUUUUCAUUAGAGCUAGUACGCACGGGAAAAAGAGUUUCUGGGGAUAUGACGGAGCCGUUCUUCAUAAGACCGAUGAUCGAAUAAGAGUAUUCCCUUUCCCUACUAGGAGACCUACUCUUCAAGAACUCCUACGAUGCUGGAAUGAACUCACACGGUUGAAAGUAUCACGGUUAUCCGAAGAAGCCCUUCAAGCUCUUGACGAUGCGUAUAUCGCUUCUCUUCAACCAAAAAACAAGCCCAUCAAAGCGGCUCCUGUGUCUACACCUGCUCCUGUAGUCCCUGCUGUGCCCAAGCUAUCACCCGAGGAAGAAGCUCGUGUAGAUCGUCGAAAGAGAUUGGAAGAAAUGAUACGGAAAGGACGAUUAGACGCUUUGAAACCUUUCUGGACCAAAUACCAAUCAGACUAUCAACCUUCUGAAAUAUUAGGUUUUGUAGCUGCUGCAGGGCAAGAAGAUAUCCUACGUUACCUACUUGAAGAAGAGAGAUCAGAUCCUACACAACCCAUCGAAACAGCCAAUGGGAGAAGAGCAUACGAAUUAUCGUCAACGAAAAUCAUCCGAAAUGUGUUCAGAAGAGUAGCUUACAAUCACCCAGACUGGUAUGAUUGGGUCAAUCAAGCUAGAGUACCUUCUGGUUUGAGCGAUGAAUUGGAAGCUGAGCAAAAUUCCAAGAAAGCAGAUCGACGAAAAGGUCUCAAAGAGAAAUUGAAGGAAAGGGAAAAGACGAGAUUGGCAGAAGCUGAAAACGAAGAAAAAGCUCAAUUGGAAGCUGAAGCUCAAAGGAAAAAAGAAGAUGAAAUGAGGAAAGUGGCAUUAUCAUUGAACGGUGGUGGAACAGGGAAUACGGGUCCACAGAAAUUAGGUGGGAAAGUCGGUGGAGAAGGUUUAGGUGGAAUGAGUCAGGAAAUGAGAAUGCAAAUCGAAAGGGAAAGAAGAGCACGAGCAGCUGAAGCGAGAUUCGGUAGAGGGUAG